GCUGGCGUUAUUCGAUACACGUGCGGAGGAAUCAACAACAGCCAAAAUGAGUGAUUUUAACAAGUAUUGCCAAGAAGCUGCCCUCGAGGAGCUGCCCAGUUCGGAGGACGAGGAAGACAUCGGCGACGAGGACACCUGUAGCGCCCAGGAUUUGGCUGCCCAAUUCCAGUUGCAGUACAAGCCUCAGGACGAGUGCAGCGUUUCCUUGCAACGUGACUAUGUGCUUAGCCUGUCCGCCGACCAGGGAUUCAAUCGCGUUGCCGUCGGAUUGUCCAGUUCCGCGGUGCACAUCUACAAUCUGGAUGCUGGAGCGGGAAAGCUUUCCAACUUCAGCUUCCUGCCGCCCACGGAGUCGAAUGAAGUGAGCAUUUGUGGCGUUCGCUUCCUCGACGAUGGACCGCACAACAUCCUCGUGGGCACCACCGACGGCUAUGUGCGCCUCUACGAUCUGCGACAGAAGGGCGAACAGGCCAGGUUCAAAUACACCCAGCAUCAGUCGGUGGCUCCGGUGCCCAAGUCGAUAUCCUGCUUCGACAGGAACGCCAACGGACGGAUCGUCUGCUGUGGCACCAACCAGUUUCACAGCAACGUCUUUCUGGUGUUCUACGACGUCCGGGAGCGACGGCAGAUGGGCGUGUACUGCGACAGCCACGAGGACGACAUCACCUCGGUGCGGUUCCAUGCCCAGAAUCCGGAUAUCCUGUGCACGGGUAGUGUGGAUGGCCUCAUCAACGUCUUCAAUGUCCAGGAGGCGGACGAGGAUGAGGCCCUGCUCAACACCUUCAACACAGAGAGCAGCGUUGCCCGUCUGCAGUGGCACAGAAAUGUCUACGACAAGGACAUCAUAUCCUGCAUCACGACCACCGGCGAUUUCAAGAGCUACGAGAGCGAGGAGGGCGACGAGGUGUGCUCCUUUGAGCGCCCGGAUGUCACGGCGGCAAUACGGCGCAAAAAUGCAUCAAACUUCAACUUGAUCGGUGCCCACAACCAGGAGGACGGAGAAGUCUUCCUGCUGGCGGGUACGAAUUUCAACAAGGGGGAGAUCCUGCGCUCCGUGAGCGUUACCACCAAAAAUACCCUACAGCCACUGGCCAAUUUUCAGGGCAACAAGCAGAUCGUGAGGGAGAGUCUCUACGAUUCCAAGAGAAGAUUACUGAUAACGGGUGGCGAGUCCGGCAUUGUCACGGUUUGGUCGCAAGACUCUAGUGGAAGUGCCGUCGUCGGUGACAAGCUGAAGGUCAAAAAGGAGAAGAAGUCUCGCAAGCAGGCGCCAUAUUAAAUGUAUUUGUUUUAAAUAAAAGUUUACUGAAUUAA